AUGACAGAUAAUAAAAAUACAUUGAAGGGUAGACCACCAAACAAUGACCCUGUCGAUCCUAUUGCUGGCUCGAUGGCUGGUGUAUCAAGGUCAUUAACCAGGAUACUAGCAGGAAUGUCAAGAGGUGGAAUUGCUGGAUCAUUCUCUGGAAUGGCAGAAGAGACAGCAGGAUACCCUCUGGACUUGAUAAAGACAAGGAUACAGGUACACGCCAAUCCAAAUGUCAGCUUUAUAAAUGUAUUCAAGGAGUUGAUACAGAAAGAAGGUUUUGUUGGAAUGUUCAGAGGAUUGAGCUCGCCACUGCUGGCAGCUGCAAUGGCUUCAGCAAUUCAGUUCACAACAUUUGAAAAGGUCAACUUGAAGAUUGAAACAUACUAUCCACAAGUGUCAAGUACAGUGCGUUACCUGACAUCUGGCGCAACAGCUGGUCUAUUUCAAUCAUUUGUAAUAUGUCCAGUCGAUGUUAUAAAGAGCAGGAUGAUGAUACAGGGUAUGGGACAUGGACAUGGUGGAGGAGGAGGAGGACAUGGAGGAGGUGGAACAUUAGCAUUGGCCAAAUCAAUAUUUAAAGAGAAUGGUAUUAGAGGAUUCUACACUGGAUUCACUGCCACCCUAUUGCGCGAUGUGCCAGGUACUGCGAUAUUCUUUGCAACCUACGUGGGUCUAAAGCAGAAACUUGGCGUCGAGGAGCAUGGCAAAUCACACAGUGCACGUGACGUCCUGGCUAUCCUUUUAGCUGGAGGAUUGGCUGGUAGUGCCUAUCGUAGCAGUACACAUUGUUUUGAUAUUGCCAAGACAUUGAUACAGACACAGACCACAACGCCAAAGUAUAAGGGUACACUGGAUUGUUUAAGACAACUAGUAGCAAGAGAUGGUAUCAAAGGUUUGUUCCGAGGAUACAUCCCAACUGUUGUAAGAUCAUUUCCAGCCAAUGCAGCAGGAUUCAUGGUGUAUGAACUUGUACAGAACAUC